CCAUCAUCACCGCCACAAACCCCCCUGCCUGCCUGCCUGCUGCGCCGCUCUCCCUCCCUCCAUCCACGGCACAAGGACCACAACGCCGCCUGCAUCGCAUCGGCAUGCCGCCGUCGAACCCGCAUUGCUCCCCUCUCUCCUCCUCCUCGUCCGCCGCCACCGCAGCCGUGUGACGCACUCCCUUCCCGCGUGCCAGACCAGCCCCCACCGAAUCCGAAUCCAUGGCACCCAAGCGCGUCCCUCUCCUCUUCCUCCUCCUCCUCCUCGUCCUGCCGCCAGCGCUCGUCCCGCAGUCCCGCGCAGCCGCCGACCCGGACCCGGCGCCGUGCCACCCGGACGACCUCCGCGCGCUGCUUGCCUUCGCCGGGAACCUCACCUCCGCGGGCGCCCUCCACUGGCCCUCCACCACCUCCUCUUCCCCCAGCUGCUGCGCGUGGGACGGCGUCUCCUGCGACACCGGCGGCCGCGUGUCCGCACUGCGCCUCCCGUCGCGAGGCCUCGCGGGCGCGCUCCCGUACCCGUCCCUCACCGCGCUCCCGUUCCUCCGUGACCUCGACCUCAGCCGGAACGCGCUCACGGGCGCCGUCGCCGCCGUCCUCGCCGCCUUGCCGGGGACUCUCCGCGCCGCCAACCUCUCCUCCAACCUGCUCCACGGCGGGCUCCUCCUGGGGCCAGCGCCUCCCCUCCUCCUCCUCCCGCGCCACCUCGACGCCCUCGACGCCAGCAACAACUCCAUCUCGGGCCCCCUCGCGCCCGACCUCUGCGCCGGCGCGCCCAAGCUCCGGGUACUCGACCUCUCCGCCAACCGCCUCACCGGCGCGCUCCCAUCCUCCACCACACCGCCGCCCUGCGCCGCCACGCUGCGGGAGGUCAACCUCGCGUCCAACGCGUUCACGGGCGACCUACCCGCCGCGCUCUUCGACCUCACCGCCCUCCGCAAGCUCUCCCUCGCCGCCAACCGCCUCACCGGGCACCUCACGCCUCGCCUCGCCGACCUGAAAAGCCUCACCUUUCUGGAUUUGUCCGGGAACCGCUUCUCCGGCGACCUCCCCGACGCGUUCGGCGGCCUCACGUCGCUCGAGAACUUGGCCGCGCACUCCAACGCCUUCACGGGCUCGCUGCCGCCGUCGCUGUCGCGGCUGUCGUCUCUCCGUGUUCUUGACCUCCGGAACAACUCCCUCUCCGGUCCGGUCGCUGCCGUCAACUUCUCCGGGAUGCCGGCGCUUGCUUCCGUCGACCUUGCCACGAACCAGCUCAACGGCACGCUCCCGGUCAGCCUCGCCGGGUGCAGAGAGCUCAAGUCGCUCAGCCUCGCCAGGAACAGGCUGACGGGCGAGUUGCCGCAGGAUUACAGCCGGCUUGUCUCGCUGUCCAUGCUCUCGCUGUCCAACAACAGCCUCCACAACAUCUCGGGGGCGCUUGGCGUGCUCGGUGCCUGCAAGAACCUCACUACGCUGAUCCUCACCCAGAAUUUCGUCGGCGAGGAGCUGCCGGACAAUGGCGUUGGUGGGUUCGGCGGCUUGGAGGUGCUGGCCCUUGGUGAUUGUGCUCUCAGGGGAAAGGUUCCGAAAUGGCUGACUCGAUGCAAGAAGCUGGAGGUGCUUGAUCUGUCAUGGAACCAAUUGGUUGGCACCAUCCCGUCAUGGAUUGGCGAGUUUGAGUACUUGAGCUACUUGGAUCUCUCCAACAAUACCUUGGUUGGUGAGAUUCCAAAGAGCUUGACGCAGCUCAAGAGCCUUGUCGCUGUCACGCAGUCACCGGGUAUGGCGUUUACUGGCAUGCCAUUGUAUGUCAAGCAUAACAGAAGCAUUAGUGGCCGGCAGUAUAACCAGCUCUCAAACUUCCCGCCGUCGCUGAUCCUGAACAACAACCGCCUGAACGGGACUAUCUGGCCUGAGUUUGGAAACCUGAGGGAGCUGCAUGUCCUGGAUCUGAGCACUAAUUUCAUUUCUGGGAGCAUUCCUGAUUCGCUGUCGAGGAUGGAGAAUCUGGAGGUUCUUGACCUUUCAUCCAAUAAUCUCAGCGGUGAGAUUCCAUCAUCCCUCACAGAGCUCACCUUCUUGUCCAAGUUCAGUGUGGCUCACAAUCACUUGACGGGGCAGAUUCCAAAUGGAGGGCAGUUCCUGACGUUCUCCAACUCGAGCUUUGAUGGUAAUCCUGCUUUGUGUAGAUCAAGUUCCUGCAACCCAAUUCUGUCGAGUGGAACUCCUAGCGACAUGGACGUAAAACCUGCUGCAUCAAGUAUCAGGAACAGGAGAAACAAAAUACUUGGGGUGGCGAUUUGUAUUGGUCUGGCCCUUGCAGUAUUUUUAGCUGUUAUUUUGGUGAACAUGUCAAAGAGGGAGGUCACUGCUAUUGAUUAUGAAGAUACCGAGGGCUCCAGUCAUGAAUUGUAUGACACUUACUCAAAGCCAGUGCUGUUCUUUCAGAAUUCCACGGUGAAGGAGCUAACUGUCAGUGACCUUGUCAGAUCGACAAAUAACUUUGAUCAAGCCAACAUAAUAGGCUGUGGUGGAUUCGGUCUGGUGUACAAGGCUUAUCUCCCCGAUGGAACAAAGGCGGCAGUGAAGAGGCUCUCUGGUGACUGUGGGCAGAUGGAGAGGGAGUUCCGUGCUGAGGUGGAAGCACUGUCACAGGCUCAACACAAAAACCUUGUAACCCUCAAGGGGUACUGCCGCUAUGGAAAUGAUAGGCUGUUGAUCUACUCUUACAUGGAGAAUGGUAGCCUGGACUACUGGCUGCAUGAGAGGUCAGAUGGCGGUUAUAUGCUGAAAUGGGAAUCAAGGCUCAGAAUUGCCCAGGGGUCAGCCAGGGGGCUGGCAUACUUGCACAAGGUUUGCGAGCCCAACAUCAUCCAUCGAGACGUGAAGUCCAGCAACAUUCUUCUCAACGAAAAUUUCGAAGCGUGCCUGGCUGAUUUCGGGCUAGCAAGGCUGAUACAGCCAUACGACACUCAUGUGACUACCGAUCUGGUUGGUACCUUGGGUUACAUCCCACCAGAGUACAGUCAAGCGGUGAUUGCCACUCCAAAAGGGGAUGUCUUCAGCUUUGGUGUAGUCUUGCUUGAACUGCUCACGGGUAGGCGCCCUGUGGAUGUGUCCAAGUUCAAAGGUUCCAGGGAUUUGAUCUCCUGGGUUCUUCAGAUGAAGUCUGAGAAGAAGGAAGAGCAGAUUUUUGACAGCCUGAUAUGGAGCAAGACGCAUGAGAAGCAGCUGUUGUCUGUCCUCGAGACGGCGUGCAAGUGCAUCAGCACUGAUCCUCGGCAGCGGCCAUCGAUUGAACAAGUUGUGAGCUGUCUUGACAACGUGUGAUCAUCAUCAUACCGUGCUGAUUGCCAGUUUCUUCAUUUUUUUAAUCAAUCAAAGGCUAGGAGGUAUUGAUAUGAGAGAAGAACAGAGUAGAAAAGCAGUCUGAGUAAAUUCAGACAAUGCAGGUGCAGGCUGGGCAUGGUGUCGUGCUACUGCUAUUAUAUAGCUAACCAGAAAAUAACUUGGGUCUGGUUUUCGUUCUCAGUAACUCAGGGUUGUGUAAAAGUUAUAAAUAAAUAAAUUUCCAAAUCAACCAAUGUUUUUAUGA